AUGGCAUCGACAGAUCGCACACUCACGCAUCCUACUCUUGGUCGAUCCCUGCGCGGCAAAUCUACCGCUUCCUCGGUCCAGUUCAGAAACCUCAAAUACGCAAGGAUACCAGCACGGUAUCAGGACUCCAUUGCGGACGACACUAUAAAUCCAGGACAGGACGGCAUCGUCGACGCAACCAAGUUCGGCCCAUCAUGUCCGCAAAAACGUGGCGCUCAAGCGUGGGAUCUUACACUAGUCGGCAACGUCAGCCUGCUGUGCGAGCAAGGACAAGGCGAGACUGAGGCAAUGGACGAAUUCGAGUGCUUACACAUCAACGUCACGACGCCAAAGUCUUGCCUGAAUCCCCCGGCCACCCAGGAAUAUUGCAGUCUCCCAGUCUUUGUUUGGGUUCACGGUGGCGGACUGAGUAUAGGCAGCAAUAGCUGGCCGCAGUACGACCUGCAAAAGUUUGUCGAUAGGAGUGUUGAGAUUGGCAAACCUAUCGUUGCCGUUUCGAUAAACUAUCGAGUCGGGCUGUUUGGAUUUGCGGCUCAUGAAGAGCUGGAUGCAGGGGGUAACAUGGGAUUUAAAGAUCAGGUGUUGGCGUUCCGCUGGGUCAGGAAACAUAUUGCUGGCUUUGGUGGAGAUCCUACGGAUAUUGUUGCCGCGGGGGAGUCAGCGGGCGCGAUAUCUUUGUCGACGUUGCUUUGCGCUGAAGUGGGCACCGAAGGAUUGUUCGAUCGAGUGAUCCUCAUGAGCGGCGAUGUAACACUUCGAAAGCCAAGAAAAAUGUGGUGGCAUCAACAGAUGUACAAAGACCAAGCCGCCAAUCUGGGCAUCGACUAUACAGAAAAGACGGGUCUGAAGACGAGGCUGAGAGAUACCGACGCAGAGACUCUUACUCAGCAGCUACCCCUGGCAGCGCAUCAUUGCGGACACAUCAAUGGUGAUUUUCUCAGAGAAGAUGUCACAUCCACUGUCCUGGCCGAUGGAAAACGAGCCGAGCACAAGCCAGCUUGGUGUAAGGAAUUCGUCAUGGGAGAUACCGCACAUGACGGCACAGUCCUCAAAGCGCGAAUACUAGACCACCCACAAGUCCUAGAGCGACUGAGAGCGGCAUGCUCUAAAUACUUGACGAAAAGCGAAACCGAACGACUACUAGCUGCGUACAAACUCGCCGACCAAUCCUCACCCGACCAACAACGAGAUGCAUUACUUCGCCUGGCUUCCGAGCUCCGUUUCCACGACCCAGUGUGUAGAGCAUAUAAAGGUUGGAAGACGUCAUCUCCAACCCGAGCCGCUUUCCGAUACCACUUCCACAUCCCCAACCCUUUCGAAGGCAGCUUCAAAGACAUCGCCUCCCACGAACUCGACGUAGCGUUCUUGCUACAGCAUUUCAACGAUCAGCUCAGCGAACAACAUCGGCAGCUUUCACAAGCCAUGGCAGAUCAGUUCCUCAGGUAUAUCCAUGGAGAGCCUUGGGCUGCGCGAGGCAAAGUGGUGGUUUUCGCGAACGAGGGAUUGAUUGAAGUGGAUGAAGAGGAAUACGAUUGGAAGUAUAGAGAUGGGCGGGGCGCGGUGCUUGAUGGAAUCGAUGGAGACAGGCUGUGGAAGGUUGCGGAUAUGUGGCAGGGGGUGAGGAGUGAAGAUGAAGAAUGGGAAGGGUUUGCGAAACUGUGA